AUUUCAAAUAGCUGUGCUGUAGUUACCUAUAUUUUCAGGAAGUUUAAUGUAGGGUGGACCACAUGGACAGCUCCUUAGUGGUCAAUGAAAAUAAGGACAUUUUCUUCAGCGUCACUAAUGAUCUGUCACAACAUCAGACGUGAGUCUCCAUAUCCUCCUCUGUAGGUUUUUCUGUGUCCUACCAAACACACAUCAGUUUUCUCACAUGACAAUCUAUGUGUGGAGUUCACUUCACUGACGGAAGAAAGUGGAAAAUAUGUCUUUGUCUUAUAUUCUUCUCAUUUAUGUUGCCGGUGUUGCGGUAAAAGAAAGUUGUGCAGAUUCGGUUCCCACUCCCACUAUUGUAUUUUCCCCUGAGUACAUCAAUGUAGCAACACCUGUUACAGUACGCUGUGAGUCACCAGAAGGCACAGAGUGCAAUUUCUACAGAGAUCACGACCCCAACCCUAUAAGAAAAGUAGAUUACAAGCAGGGUGCUUGCCAGUUCAAGUUGUUAUGGAAUGAGUUCAAAAAGUGGAACAAGACUGAAGUAGAUCUCAGCUGUGUAAUUCAACAGAACAGAGAAGGUAAAACGAUCAAAACCUCAAAACCUAGUGAUGCUCGAAGACUUAAUGUGGGUGAUCCAAUUGCAAAGCCCAGUGUUCAUGUGGAGAAGAUUGGGAAUUACCUCGGUCUUCGAUGUGAGGCCAAGGCUGGCACCUCAUGCUACUUUUAUCUGAACAAUGGUGACUCACACUUUAAUAAACUACCCUACAAAGACAAUGUCUGUGUGGGGAGAGUGGCAGAAGAGGAACUGCAGAGGAAGAGGAGCGGUGCUGGAGAGAUCUUCAUCACCUGUGCUGUGGAGCUGGUGGUAGAGGGUGAAGAUACUGUGACAUCACAGCAUAGUGAACCUUUCGGUAUCACCAUAGAUGUGUUAAAUCCUCCAAGAGCUACGAGUUCCCCAUCAGAGUUCAGUUUAAUCAUAACUGGUCAGGAGGAGACAAGCAGCAAUGUCACAGCCCAAGGAAGAGUUUCUUCAGGUCCAGUGUUCCAUCAUCAUCAGUCUGGGUGCUGGUUCCCUUUUCCUGGUUCUGCUAGCUGGGUCUGUGCUGUGUGUUCUCCAAAGCAAUUGUGGGGUUCAAUGCAGGCCUGUAAAUACUGGAAGCCCACCUGAUCAGCAAGACCAAACCCCACCUUGUGUCUAUUCUGUCAUCACAAAGCCGUCUAGGGAUGAGGAAGAGGACAGUAGUCUGCAAUACGCUACUGUGACAUAUACCAGUGACCGAGCUAGUCUUCAAUAUGCAACAGUGACAUCUACCGGUAACCAAGUUGGACCUGGGCGCAGCAAGAUCAAGUUUGAAAUAGCUGGAGAGUACGCCCUCUUAGCAGAAUCAUAGAAGAAGAAACAUUUACUGGAUAACAUGUUUUGCCAUAGUUUACAGUUACAAUCCUAUCUUUUUUUCUUCAUAUUGGAUCAUAAUUUAGUCAUAGCACAAAGAACACUGCCACAACAACAAAGAUAUCUACUAAUUUCUGAAAACAAGCAGUUUCAACUAUUUGCAUUUUAGGUUAAAUUAAAUAAAUAAAAAAAUUAACUCUAUCUGAAACAUAAAAUAAAUAUUUUUCUAAAUUGAGUUACUCAAUGUAGUCAGCAGUCACAAAUCAGUAUUCACCAAUCUAUUUCACUCAUUGACAAGAGUCAAUAGAGUCUCAAAUCCACAAGAGGGUAGAACACAUGUCAAACUUUGCUUGUUACAUCUCACAUCUCUCUCUCCCUUUCUGAUCUCUCGCUCUCUACAUCUCUCUCUUUAACCUUGUCUGGUGUAUAUUAGUUUUCAGUGGGGGAAAAGGUACUCAACUGUCAUACUUGAGUAAAAGUAAAGAUACCUUCAUAGAAAAUGACCCAAGUAAAAGUAAAAGUCACCCAGUAAAAUUCUACUUGAGUAAAAGUCUAUAAGUAUUUGGUUUAAAAUAUACUUAAGUAUGAAAAAUAAAAGUAUAAAUAAUUUCAAAUUCCUUAUUUUAAGCAAACCAGAGUCCACCAUUUUCUUUUUUUUCUCUUUUUUUUACGGAAUGCCAGGGGCACACUCCAACACUCAGCCAUCAUUUACAAACAAAUCAUGUCAGUUUAGUGAGUCCGCCAGAUCAGAAGCAGUAGGGAUGACCAGGGAUGUUCGGUUGAUAAGUCUGUGAAUGUCACUAUCUUCCUGGCCUGCUAAGCAUUCAAAAUGUAAUGAGUACUUUUGGGUGUCAAUGAAAAUGUAUGGAGUAAAAAGUACAAUAUUUUCUUAAGAAUGUAGUGAACUAAAAGUAAAAGCAGUCAAAAAUAUAAAUAGUAAAGUGUAGAUACCCCAAAAAGCUACUUAAGUGUUACUAUAAAGUAUUUUUUACUUAAGUACUUUACACUUCCAUUAGUUGAAAAAAAAUAUGUUUUGUUAUUAUGAUGGUUUAAUUACAGUAUGUGUCUUUACUUCCACCUGUUGAUACACUACCUCCAUUUUUCCUCUCUCUGAUUCCUGAUUCACAAAUCAAAUCAAAUCAAAUGUUAUUGGUCACAUACACAUGGUUAGCAGAUGUUAA